GAGAGAACCAAGCUUUUCUUCAGGUGGCUUUUCGAGUCGGAUGAAUUGAGCGUCCGCGCCUCGUGGCGCUUCUGAAUGGGGAACCACAAGCCUCGGUCCUUGUCCGAGGGGUUUUCCACAGCGGGCCACCAAUAAAACUCGCCAUUGACAUAUUUGAAGAAUUUCUUUCUCGACGCAGCGAACGAACGACCAAUUUGUACGGAAUUUUUUCCUCACGCCUGCGUUAUGGACUCGCCCAUCAAUAACCCGUUGACGCUCAAAUGCGGGCUGAAGCUGAAAAACCGGCUCGUCAAGGCCGCAAUGGCGGAAUGUAUCGCGGACAGUAACGGGCUACCUACCAACGUGCACAACAACAUCUACAAGCAAUGGGGCGCUGGUGGUUGGGGAAUGGUUUUUACCGGCAAUGUCCAGGUGGACAGAAUGUAUCUCGGGGAUGCUCGAGAUACCGCGUUUGAUUCAUCCCAGGAAGCCGAGUUCCUUGCGAGAUGGAGCGCCCUCACCGAGGGGUGCACGAAAGUCGGCACACCCGCCAUCAUGCAGAUCAACCACCCCGGACGACAGUCGCCGCUUGGUGCAGGCACGCGUGGGUUCUGCGAGAAGAACAUCAGCCCGAGCGCCAUCCCCCUGAACCUGGGCUCGGGCUUGGUCGCGAGGUUCGCGAGCUCGUUUCUCUUUGGCACCCCACGCGAAAUGAGCCAGCAGGAUAUCGAUUCCGUUAUCAACCGGUUUGUCGACUGCAGCCGGCUGGCCCACAAAGCAGGAUUCCAGGGUGUAGAGCUCCACGCCGCGCACGGCUACCUCUUGGCCCAAUUCUUGAGCCCCAAGACAAAUCAGCGAAGCGAUGCCUAUGGCGGCUCCGCUGAGAGCCGCGCGCGCAUCGUAACUGAGAUCAUCCAUGGCAUCCGUGAUGCUCUCCCGGCGACGUUCUGUAUUGGGAUCAAGCUGAACUCGGUUGACCACCAGUCACGCGAGACCCUGGCCGCCUGUGUAAAGCAGCUGAGGCUGAUCGUCGCCGCUGGUGUGGACUUUGUGGAGAUCAGUGGUGGAACCUACGAAGACCCCCAGAUGAUGCAAGCGGCCGCGCAGCCGCAGCAGGAAAAGUCCGCCCGGACCCUUGCGCGUGAGGCCUUCUUCCUCGAAUUCGCCAGCGCGAUCCGGCAUGAAAUCCCCGACGUCCCACUCCUGGUCACCGGCGGGUUCAGGACUCGAAGGGGGCUUGCUGCAGCUCUUGCGGACAAUGCGUGCGACCUGGUCGGGCUCGGGCGACCGGCGGUUGUCAACCCUUAUUUGCCCAACAGCGUCAUCUUGAACGAGGAUAUACCUGAUGAACAGGCGUAUUUCCCGACAAAGCCGAUCCCGCCAUCAUGGUUUGUCAAGUUUUCUGGAGUCAAGUCUGCGGGCUCCGGGGCUGAAUCUAAAUGGUACAGUAAACAGAUACAGCAAAGAGGGCGUGGAAAAUAA